AAGCGGCGAAGAAACGGAAGGAGGAGUGGUCCUUCUUCCAGACCAGAGUUUCUCGUCAUCUUCCCAAGUCAGUCCGACCAGACCACACAGCCCCCCCAUUUCUCUCUAACUCGUCAAAAUUAUUUGAAAUUUUAGUCAAUAACAUAAUUUAAAAUAAUAAUAUUUUAUUAGAUUUAUUCUUCCGUAUAUUACUAGCUUCGCACCGUCUUUUGAUUCAUCGUCUUCUCAAUCUUUGUUGGCUUGCUUUCAUAUUAUUCUUUUUUAUUAUAUUUCAUUGUCAGUGAUUUAUAUAUUUAUCUUAUAUUUUGAUUUCCUGGGUUUCUUGGGAGAUUAACCAAGAAAACAAUGCAAGCAACUGGAGCUGAAGCUGUCAGCAAUGGAGUUUCUGAGGGUUCUUCUCAGGCAAAAUUUCCAAUUCUGGAACCCUCAGAUAGCGAAGUUUCUAAACCUGGAACAAGUGGUAGGCGCUUAGAUCUAUCUCUUCAAAUACCCCCUAGACCACUAGGAUUUGGCAGCCGUAGUGGAAAAGGUUUACUUCAGUCCCUGGGUUCCGGUAAAGGUACUUCAUCAUCAGGAGGCUUCUUGCGUGGCUUAAGUUUCAAGAAAAAAGGUGCUGUAGCUGAUGGUGAGGGAAGCUCUCUCCUCACUCCAGACAGCAGGACAGGCCCCGAAAGUUCUAAUAUGGCUAGUUUUCCAUCCCCAUUCAAUUGGAAAAGAUGUACAUCUCUGCCUGUUACACCUGCAUCAAAUUUGUCCCCAUCAGUUCCCAUGCCUGCUUCAGCAAGGAUGGCUGGUGAACAGAAUAAAUCAAAUAAAGGAGCAAAGCAUGCUGUGGUUUCAAGGUCCCUGUCGGUGCCUGGGCGAAAUGUUGUUAUAGUGAGAUCUGCAUCUUUUGAUACCUGUAAAGAGCAUGUCUCUGCUGAUAAUAGCGACGAUCAAAUCAAUCCUGUUCCUGCAGAAAGCAAUGAUGAGGAGAUUCCCGAAGAGGAAGCUGUGUGCAGAAUAUGUUUGGAUGAAUGUGAAGAGGGAAACACACUCAAAAUGGAAUGCAGCUGCAAGGGCGCCUUACAACUUGUGCAUGAAGCUUGUGCUGUUAAAUGGUUUAGUACAAAAGGAAACAAAAACUGCGACGUAUGUGGGCAAGAAGUGCGGAACUUACCUGUAACUUUGCUGCGGGUGCCUACUGGUCGUAGGGGUAAUAGACAGAAUGUUAAUUCACAGAGCUUAGCAUCAGAGUCCGUGAGUGUCUGGCAGGACUUUGUGGUGCUCGUGUUAAUUAGCACAAUUUGCUAUUUCUUCUUCCUGGAGCAGCUACUGAUUCAACAAAUGAAGACCCAAGCAGUUAUGAUCGCAGCACCAUUUGCCCUUACCCUGGGCCUCUUAGCAUCUAUCUUUGCAGUCUUAUUAGCAAUCAAGGAGUACAUAUGGACGUUUGCAGCUCUUGAAUUCGCACUUGUGGCAUUGAAUGUCCAUAUAUUCUAUUCUGUGCUUCAUCUGAAGGCUGUUUUCUCUAUACUGCUUUCGGGAGUGUUAAGUUUCGGGAUAGCCUUGACACUCAAUUCAUUGUAUAUCCACUGUUUUGGAUGGCGAGUUCAGGUAGGCCAAAAUUCUAACCCAGUGUGACGGAUCUGGAGAACGAAAGGUCCAUACAUUUGAUGCUACUUAUUUACUGAGGCCUUAGAUGUACAUACAUUUGUUGCUGAAGUAUUCUAGUAAAAAGAAUCAAGUUUUUAUCUAUUUCCAUGGUAUGAUGCCAUGGAAGAAAGGGGUAGUCUGGUGCUAAAUAUUGGAGAAUCCUUUUUCCACUUAUUCUGUAGUAUUAGGUUGAAAUUGUUUGUAGCAGCAGUAAGGAGAGUUUUAUUGUAAUUUUACUGAAGCAAAAAUGGCCUAUGAAUAAUAGAGUUGGUUUUCUUUACUUUCUUCCCA